AUGUCGUUCGAUUGGUUAAACGUGCCAGGUUUGAAUAUAUCUAAUGAUGCACAAACAUCAGUUCAAGGCUCUUCACCACCUCCGACUGUUUCAUUUAGCUUUGAUACAUCGGACCAUUCCGAAGAAACCCAGCAAGCCAAGAAGACGUCUGUAAACCAGCUUCGGAAAGUUUCUCAUGAUGACAGUCUUACUGUUUCUGGAUCUACUGGUAACUUUCAGGAUACAUCUUCAUUAAAGGUUGCAAAAACAGACGCAACUCUUCAUUCUCAAUCGGAAUCGGAUAUUGCAUCUACAUAUGUGGAACCUCCACAGGAAUUGCAAGUUCCGUUAGCAAUUCCAAAAUACCAACUCACCCCAGAAGAACGCAAAGCAUAUCUGAGAUGGUUUAACGAUUUACAUACUAGAAUUCGAUCAAAACAAAUCACCUUGGAUGAUGUUUUUAACUUCUUAGCUAACUUUAAGCUAGAUGAAACGAUAAAGGAGCGGAUUUCGCGAAUAUUUAGGACUUGCCGAUAUGCUCUAAAUGAGGAGCAGUUUUUUGCUGUCGUAAGAUUGGCCGCCCACGCGCUGCAACAGAGACUGUUGCCCACCCGAAGUAUGAUUUUGGAGAAGGCGCCGGUUCUAAAACCAAAAUCCAUAUUGUCUGCUACUGCUGGUCAAGAAGUUUAUGAAGAAGUGGAAGAAGACCCCAACAACGAUGCUGACAAAAAGGUUGAUUUUGAUGGUUUUGCAUCAUUAUUGUUAACUGGUAAAACUGUCAGAAAGAAUAUAAGAAGAAGAAUCAUGAAACGUAGAGAUCAGAUCAAGAAAGUUAGAUUCUCUCAAAAUUUGGUCACCUUUGAAGAUGAGCCAACUACAAUUUCCGAUGGUACUGGUACCAAUUCGCAACAGCAGGGUGUUACAUCUCAAAGUGACGAGUCAACGGCACCUGGCGCAAAUUCCAGCGAUGAUUCUUCCCUUGACUUGUCGCUACCUAUGGAACAAUUACUACUUAAGCUGUCUUCGAGAAACCGCAAUAAUUCUGCACUAGUUAAGGAAUUACCUUCAGAUAGCCAACCUGAAACUCAAGAAGAAAGGGAAGUUUUAGAGGAUAUGAAGGAUUCCUUGAGUCAUUUCAGACAAAUCCAAAAAGUCGAUAAUGUUACACAGCUUCCCGAUGAAAUACCUAAUUCUAUCAAAUUUUCAAGUCCAGGCAAUGAAAAUCAACCCCUGGAACCAUUGAAACCUACUGCUACAGGAUCUGCAAACCAUUUAUUCCGUCAAACAGUGCCACCAACUCAACAAAAUAUUGGUGCUGGAUCAAGUAUUUUAGGCAAUAGCAAUGGGUUACAGCCAUUAAAACCUACGGCUACCGGAUCAGCCAAUGAGAUAUUCAAAAAUAUAUUCAUGCAAAAUAACAAUACAUCUCCUCAAAAUCAACAGGCAAAACCACUUGAGCCUUUGAAACCAACUUCUACUGGUUCCGCAAAUUAUUUAAUGAAACAGCAGUUUCAAGACUUCCAGGAAUUCCAGCCAUUCCAAUCCGCAGUACCAUCUCGUCGACAAUCACAACCUCUGCCUCAACAACAUCAGCUGCAACAGCUUCAAUCGCAGUCACUACAGCCACCCCAGAGCCAAUCAAAUCAGCCAUAUUUAAGUCCCCAACAAACCGCACAACAGGCACAACAGGCACAACCACCACAACCACCGCAACAGCCUCAACUCCAAAACCAUCAGCAAUAUCUCAGUCCACAGCCAUCCAAUUCUGCUUUUCAGCUGCAGCCUCAAGGUUCUUUCAUGCAGCCCAGUUCAGGCGCAUUGGUUUCAUCACCACAACCACAACUAUCUUCUGAUGGCUAUUUCAGGUCACUAAUGGCUGGCUCUCCGUCACUGAUGCAAGGGUCAUCUCCUCAACCACAGAACAUAUCGAAUCAAUCCGGAAUGCAACCGCGCUAUCCACAGCAGCCAGCAGAAUUUCAUACGACACCCUAUCAUCCACAGCAACACCGUCUCAGUUUACCCUCACAGAUGCCGAUGGGUUCAAAUCAACCACUAACCAACAUCAGUCCUCAAAAUACUAUCACAAACUCGGAUAAUAUAUUGAACGACCUCAAAGCUCUCCAACAGCAGGUAGACCAACUACAUCAAACGUACAACUACGAUGUUCGCAGAUGA